AUGUCGCCUUCCCCCAAGAUUAGCACCAGGGCGCGGGCUACCGAUAUCAACGAAGGCCGCGAGAACGACAUCCGGGGACCUGAUGAACACCAAGUACACCGUCAGCUUUGGAGUCGUGAAGGAUUCCCCGGCUCCGUCGUUUUCAAUUUUUGUGCUUUCCUCCUUCUAGCCCUAUAUAGCACCCUGAGCAAGUUAUGGGUUGCUAAUAUAGAUUCAAGCCAAGUUGUCACCACUGAUGUGUACACUUAUAUUGGAGUCAUUGCCCAAGUUCUGAACGAUGGUUUGCCUAGGUCCGCUUGGUUAAUCAUUGGAGACAAGUCAACUCGCACGACCUCAUCUCGACUAACUUUAUCGUAUACUAUGAUAGUCGUCCAAAUUGCCUUGGGAGCGCUAAUGAUGGUACUAUUUCUUGCUUCUUCGGAUAAACUUGCAGCGGCAUUUGUGCCGGAACAGGUUCGGCAGAGCUCGUUGACCUACGUGCGCAUUUCAUCUGUUGAAGCACUCUCUUCUGCUAUGGAAACUGUCGUAUCAUCCUGUACAAGAGCACUAGAUCAUCCAGACGUACCCUUGCUGAUUAGCUCCAUGAAAUUUGUCGUGAAUAUUAUGCUCGACCUAUUGAUCAUAUCGAGGUUUCACGUCGGAUCUUUCGUCCCAACAGUCAACACGCAAGCGUGGAUACGGCUCGCUUGUGACCUAAGCUCUGCAAUUUGUGGUCUCCUCUAUUUCCUCUACAUCAGUUUUAAACUGCGGAGACAAUCACAAGAGCAGACUGCAACGUUAAGUUUGACGGCUUUGAAGACUCUUGCGCGACCUAGCAGUUACACUUUUACCGAAUCUGUCAUUCGCAAUGCUAUUUAUCUCUGGAUUGUCAGUCGGAUAAUACUUCUUGGAGACAACUAUGCCACAGCUUGGGGGGUUUUUACCACUAUUAGAUGGGGUCUCGUCAUGGUUCCUGUACAAGCUUUUGAGGCAUCAACUCUGACGUUUGUUGGGCAUAAUUGGGGGAAAUGGAGAGCGCAUGUUGGAGUGAAUCUGCGGCGACCUACGGCAUCCAAAGCUGAGAUAUUUAGUAUAAUACGUCCUGCUCUCAUAUCUUGCUUUGUGGUAUUGAUCAUCGAAGUCAUUCUCUGUAUCGUACUUUCUACCCGUGGCAUUCAGUCUUUUGCGUAUUUCUUGUCCAACUCUGAAGCGGUUGCUGAAAUUACGCAAAUGAUGUGGAAGGCUAUCGACUGGACAUACAUUUUUUAUGCGCUAAACUACCAACUUGCCGCCAUUCUCCUUGCCGCAUCUCCACGGUGGUAUUUAUACCAAGCCUUGGGCUCAAAUUUUCUUUGGAUGCUACCCUGGGCUAUUGUAGUCACCAAAAUGUCAUUCACACCGUCAAAGUCUUGGACAAUUUACGCAAUUAUUUUUGGAGGCGCGCUGGUGUUUGAUUUCGUCGAUGUUAGUCUGACUCUACUAAUCUGGGGUUUUAGAUUAUCCAAGGGAAAAGUGAAAGUUGGGGUUUUGAAGAGACAGGUUUAA